AUGGCUGGGGAGACAAUGACAGGGGCACCAGAACAUAAAAACGAGCAACAACGAACAGGGAAGGAAAAAGCAGGUCUCCUGAAUGGGCACACUUGCACACUGACACCUUUGCCCAUUCAGCCACAUCACCCCCUUCAGGGGCAGGACUGUCCUCCCAUGCCAUCGGUGACUGCAGGUCAGCAGAUGUGCAAAGUGUCACCCCCUUCUGAUGAAGUAAACCCCUCCCCAGCCCCCAUUGCUUCAGAUGAAGAAAACAGCUCAGGAGAUCCAACGGUCGAGGCCGACCGCUCAUCAGGAUCUACAGCCGGCAACAUGACAGAUCCCUGCCCCAGGCCCAGGCCAGACCAUGAGAAAAGCCCAAACACCUGGGAGUCUGAGCUAGAGCCAGAGCUGGAGCCGGAGCAGGAGUCUGAGCCAGAGCUGGAGCUGGAGCAGGAGUCAGAGCUAGAGCUGGAGCUGGAGCCGGAGCAGGAGUCUGAGCUAGAGCUGGAGCUGGAGCAGGAGUCUGAGCCAGAGCUGGAGCCGGAGCAGGAGCAGGAGUCUGAGCUAGAGCCGGAGCUGGAGCCGGAGCAGGAGUCUGAGCCAGAGCUGGAGCCGGAGCAGAAGAGUCUGAGCCAGAGCUGGAGCCGGAGCAGGAAGCUGGAGCUGGAGCAGGAGUCUGAGCUAGAGCCAGAGCUGGAGCUGGAGCCGGAGCAGAAGUCUGAGCAAGAGCCAGAGCUGGAGCUGGAGCCGGAGCAGGAGUCUGAGCCAGAGCUGGAGCCGGAGCAGGAGUCUGAGCCAGAGCUGGAGCCGGAGCAGGAGUCUGAGCUAGAGCCAGAGCUGGAGCUGGAGCCGGAGCAGGAGUCUGAGCUAGAGCCGGAGCUGGAGCAGGAGCUGAAGCAGGAGUCUGAGCCAGAGCUGGAGCUGGAGCCGGAGCAGGAGUCUGAGAUAGAGCUGGAGCUGGAGCAGGAGCUAGAGCCAGAGCUGGAGCUGGAGCCGGAGCAGGAGUCUGAGCAAGAGCCAGAGCUGGAGCCGGAGCAGGAGCAGGAGUCUGAGCCAGAGCUGGAGCUGGAGCAGGAGUCUGAGCUAGAGCCAGAGCUGGAGCUGGAGUCUGAGCUAGAGCCAGAGCUGGAGCUGGAGCCGGAGCAGGAGUCUGAGCUAGAGCCAGAGCUGGAGCUGGAGCCGGAGCAGGAGGCGGUGGGAAUCCGCUUGUGUGGUCCGACUGGACCCAGUCCCCGCUCGCCAUUGGUCCAGGCCCCCCUAACGCUUCCCCCGGGACCUUUGACCAUCACCUCAGCUCCACCCACAAAGCCUCCUGUCCCCUGCCACAGUAGCUAA